CUCCUUUUAAUGACAAAGGCCAAAUCAGCUCAAAUGUAAAAAGAAAAGAACAAUCAAAGAUAUGUCUAAGAUGCAACUACAAAAUUCAAAGUAUUAUGUGCUGUGUUUAGUGUCAUCAUUAAUUGUUAAUCUUCUAUUCAUCUGUAAUUUGUAUUUUGUUACUAGUGAUGAUGAGUGGAGCCUAAGUUGGAGCAGAAGAGCAGCAAAAGAAGCUGAGACAGUUGCAGCAAUCUCAUGCUCUGGCCAUGGAAGAGUGUUCUUAGAUGGCUUGAUUCUUGAUGGAAAACAAAACCCAGUUUGUGAAUGCAGCAGUUGCUAUGGAGGUCCUGAUUGCUCCCAGUUCUUUCCUUCUUGUUCUGUAAAUGCUGAUGGUGGGGAUCCAUUGUUCCUGGAGCCCUUCUGGAUGCAGAAUGCCGCCAGCAGUGCUGUCGUUGUAGCAGGAUGGCAUCGGAUGAGCUACACAUACGAUGAUCAUUCUGCCAUCUCACAAGAGCUUGAAAGACUAAUCCGCAAGCUCCAUGCUACUGUAGGGAAUGCUGUAACAGAAGGAAGAUAUAUUAUUUUUGGUGCUGGCUCAACCCAACUCCUUAAUGCUGCAGUUAAUUCUUUAUCUCCUGAUAACUCCUCAUCCCCUGCCAGAGUUGUAGCUUCAAUCCCAUUUUACCCAGUUUAUAAAUUACAGACGGACCUUUUUCAAUCUGUGAAUUUCAGGUUUCAAGGAGACGCAUCAUUAUGGAGAAACAACUCAGAUACAAGUACAGAGAUGAUAGAGUUUGUGACUUCACCAAACAAUCCUGAUGGACAGCUGAAAAAGGCAGUUCUUGAAGGCUCUAAUGUGAGAGCAAUCUAUGAUCAUGCUUACUUUUGGCCACAUUUCACAGCAAUUCCAGCUCCAGCAGAUGGAGAUAUGAUGCUAUUUACACUUUCCAAGCUCACCGGUCAUGCUGGAUCCAGAUUUGGGUGGGCAGUGAUAAAGGAUGAGAUUAUCUAUCAAAGAAUGCUAACAUAUUUGACAUUUAAUACAAUGGGAGUUUCUCGAGAAAGUCAGUUACGAGCUCUGAAGCUCCUGAAAGUAGUCCUUCAAGGAGGAGGAAAUGCUAUAUUUGAAUUCGGAUACGAGACUAUGAGGAAACGUUGGGAAAGGUUGAGCAACACCAUAUCAAUGUCAAAACGCUUCUCGCUCCAGAAGAUAUCGCCCCAGUACUGCAACUUUUUCCAGGGACUCAGGGAAGCUUCACCAGCUUAUGGUUGGGUGAAGUGUGAGAGACAGGAAGACAAAGACUGUUUUGCAGUCCUUCAGGCAGGCAAUAUUACUAGUCGUCGAGGUAGCCUGUUUGGUGUCGGAGAUCAGUAUGUGCGUCUCAGUCUCAUUAGACGCCAAGAUGACUUUGAUUUAUUGAUUCACAGGCUAACUCAGCUAGUCUCCAAGGAAGAUGGCCCCAGAAGCAGCAUUUGAGGAAAUGCAAAUCUAUAAAGCUAGAAGGUCAGGUCAUGUCUAUUGACCUGUGUAUUUUUAUCAUUUAAAGGGUUCAUCUCUGAUGAUGACCUGCUCUAUUAAUUCCUGGCAUGUCACUGCUUCUCUUCCAAUAUGCAUACUGCAAUCUAAGACUUGUUGGGUAGAUUUAUCUAUCAGGAAAUUGCUCUAUCAUUAGUUAUA